GGUGAGAAACCAUAUGAAUGUAUUGAAUGUGGAAAAAACUUUCAUGAGAAUUCAAAUCUCAGUGAGCAUCAGAGAAUUCACACAGGUGAGAAACCAUAUGAAUGUAGUGAAUGUGGGAAAACUUUUCACAGGAAGUCUCUCCUCAGUGGACAUCAGAGAAUUCACACAGGUGAGAAACCAUAUGAAUGUAGUGCAUGUGGAAAAACCUUUCACAGAAAGUCACACCUCAGCAGGCAUCAGAGAAUUCACACAGGUGAGAAACCAUAUAAAUGUAGUGAAUGUGGAAAAACCUUCCUUGAGAAGUCAGAUCUCCGCAAGCAUCAGAGAAUUCAAACAGGUGAGAAACCAUAUGAAUGUAAAGAUGUAGAAAAACUUACUCCAGUAAAUCAUGCCUCAGUGUACAUCAGGGAACUCACACCA